CGUUUAUCGUGACCUCAAGGUCAUGGGGACAAGGAGGGACAUUUGAGCUAUAUACUGUGCCGAAGAAUUAUGAAUCAGCUUGAGCAAGAUUUGAGGACUAAACCGAUUUGCCUGAUUGUCCUUGGUAUGGCUGGUUCAGGCAAAACGACAUUUGUGAAGAAGCUAACUGAGUAUUUAACAGUUUCAUCAAAUUCGUCGUAUACAAUUAAUUUAGACCCAGCAGUUUAUCAUAUUCCGUACAAUCCUAACAUUGAUAUUCGCGAUACUGUCAAGUUUAAAGAGGUUAUGAAACAAUAUGGUUAUGGACCGAAUGGAGCCAUUAUGACAUCGUUGAAUUUCUUCGCCUCGCAAUUUCAUAAAGUUGUGGAUAUAAUUAACAGCAACUCCGGAAAAGUUUCCUAUGUAAUAAUCGAUACACCUGGACAGAUUGAAGUGUUCACAUGGUCUGCUUCAGGAACUAUUAUUACAGAACUAUUAGGCAAUUCUUUUCCUACUCUGAUUAUAUACGUAAUGGAUACUCCACGAAGCCACAAUCCUAUCACAUUCAUGUCUAAUAUGCUCUAUGCUUGCAGUGUGUUGUAUAAAAUGCGACUUCCGUUUAUAUUAGUUCUCAAUAAAACUGACAUUAUAGACUGUGAUUUCGCCAUUCAAUGGAUGAGGGACUUUGAAACAUUUCAAGAUGCUCUAUCUGGUCAUCAAUCAACUGAUGGACCAUCUGAAAUGGAAGGUGAUAAUCCUUGUCCUGGGACAUCACCAUACAUGAAUAGUCUGGUUCAUUCUAUGUCAUUAGUGUUAGAUGAAUUCUAUAGUACUUUGCGUUGUUGUGGUAUCUCGUCGAUAACUGGUGAAGGCAUGAAAAAAUUUGUGGAAGAGAUUGAUGAAGCGAAAGAAGAAUACUUUAAGAUAAAUCUUCCGAGUUUGUAUGCUAAACAAGAAAAAAACAAGCAGGAUUCAAGUGAUAAAUCUAGUAAGUCUCAUUCAUCCAAACAUGGAUCAAUGCUUUUGGAUUUGGCUGGUAAUGAUGACGAAGCUGAAAAUGAUCCGCUACCUGAUGUUGAUGGUAUAGAAAUUCGUCCACACAGUGAUUCAGAUGAUAACGAUGAUGAUGAUGAACUUUUAGAAUCAAAAGAUCUCACAUCUAUUCAAAAUAAAUUUCAACAAUCAUGCUCUGUUGAUCCUGUUCCUUCUAUGAAUUGUGAAAAUUAAUUCCUUCUAUAAAUGGAAAUAAUUAUCUUGUACAAAAUAUAAAUAUUUCUUGUUGCUG